AAAAAUAAAAAAACCUUACUUCCAUUCCAUCUUCUUCUCUGGAGUACAUAUUACAGACCGAUAGUGAGAGAUUGAGAGAGAAAAAAGUUUGAGAAAGAUGACGAUGUUUCAUUUUUUCAAUUGUGCGAUCUUGACAUUCGGUCCUCACUUCGUUUAUUAUUCCGCCACUCCUUUAUCUGAGUACGACACAUUUGGAACUUCUGUCAAGACUGCUAUUGUUUAUCUCGUGGCAGCUUUGGUGAAGCUUGUAUGUUUGGCAACAUUUCUGAAGGUAUCAGAUAGCGAAAACUUUGAUCCAUAUCAGGAGCUAUUAAAGGCUUCAAUCGGUUUUAUUGAUGUUGCUGGUCUAUACUUUGCGUUGACUCAACUAACACACAGGAACAUCUCUCAAAAUCACAAAUUUCAAGCUGUCGGUCUUGGCUGGGCUUUUGCAGAUGCUGUUUUGCAUAGGUUAGCGCCUCUUUGGGUGGGUGCUAGAGGAUUGGAAUUCACAUGGGAUUACGUCCUGCAGGGUCUUGAAGCAAAUGCUAAUCUGGUGUUGUGCAUCUCUCUGGCUGCAUUAGGGUCCUUGAUGUGGCUCAGGAAAAACAAGCCAAAGACACUGAUACCUAUAAUAUACUUGUGUGCUGGGAUAGUGGCCACCAUGCCAUCUAUCACAAGUUAUUUGCGUCGAGGUAUGGGAUGGAAAUUCCCAGAAGUUGUUGGCUUUCAGCUGGUCACUUCUUUGGUGAUUGCUUUUAUUAGCUGGCAACUCUUUGCAGCAUGUCAAAGACCAUCGUUUUGAUGAUGCUCAGAUACCAAUUAUUCUACCCAGUUGGUGAUACCAUGAUUCAGCCAGGGGAACUGAUUUUAAAAAGACAAGCCUUUGAUAUGUACCCUAUUUUAGUUUUGGUGCUUUUUUAUCACAUUGGCUUGGUAGCAAUUUUACUUGGUCCCUGCUGCCACUAAGCUCUUUUCAGCGAUUGGAAGCUCCGUUCAGGAUGAGACAUUUGUUUAAAGAUGGAAGAUCAAUGGGCCUUUUUUAUAAAAGCAUUUGGUGUUUGAAAGAUUUUGUAACAGAAAUAUACACAAUGUAUUUGGAACUGAUUCAGUAGAAAUGGUACUCAGCUUAAUGUUUAAUCAGCCCAUUAAGGAGGCAUAAUGUUUAAUUCAAUUGGUGUAAUUUAUUUUGUUUUUUCUUCGACGUAGUGACUUGUAUCUGGCUCUGAGAUCUCUAUUGCAGAACUGUGCAUUGCGUUUUACCAGGCUACCAGCCUGAUC